GUCUCAAUGACUGUUUGUCGUUGGGUAUGUUGACAAGAUGGAGUUCUUGCUGGGAAAUCCAUACAGUACUCCGGUGGGGCAGUGCAUUGAAAGGGCCACUGAUGGAUCCCUACAAAGUGAGGACUGGACUUUGAAUAUGGAGAUAUGUGACAUAAUUAAUGACACAGAGGAUGGGCCUAAAGAUGCUAUAAGAGCUGUGAAGAAGAGGCUUAAUGGAAAUAAGAACUACAGGGAGGUUAUGCUUACACUCACGGUUCUUGAGACAUGCGUAAAGAACUGUGGGUAUCGUUUCCAUGCACUCAUCACCACCCGGGACUUCAUCGAUGGAGUUAUGGUGAAAAUCAUAUCCCCCAAAAACAAUCCACCCGCCAUAGUGCAGGACAAAGUUCUAGCUCUGGUACAGGCUUGGGCAGAUGCCUUCAGGAGCAGUCCGGAUUUGACAGGAGUGGUCCACGUCUACGAGGAAAUGAAAAGGAAGGGUAUAGAGUUUCCUCGUUCUGACUUGGAGACCCUGUCCCCCAUCCACACACCACGGCAGCAAAGUAUUCCAGAAAUAGAGCAGCAGAAAUACAGCGCCCCAGUCCAACCUAAACCACAGCCUCUCCCUGGGCCCGCCCCUCCUUUCACCGCACCUGUGACCCACACUUCUCCACAGUUGCCCAAUCUCCACAUCUCUGGACCUAUUAACCCAUCACCUGAACAGAUUUGUAAGCUGCGCAGUGAGCUAGACAUUGUGCGUGGGAACACUAAGGUGAUGUCGGAGAUGUUGACCGAGAUGGUUCCAGGUCAGGAGGAUCCAUCUGAUCAUGAGCUUCUGCAGGAGUUGAACAGGACAUGCAGGGCCAUGCAGCAGAGGAUAGUUGAGCUCAUCUCUCGCGUGUCCAACGAGGAAGUCACAGAAGAGCUCCUGCACGUUAAUGAUGACCUCAACAACAUCUUUUUAAGAUAUGAGAGAUAUGAGAGGUUCCGAUCUGGCCGAUCAUCUCAAGGCAUUAACAAUGGGGUCCUGAAUGAAGCUACAGAAGAUAACCUGAUUGAUCUGGGACCAGGGUCUCCAGCUGUUGUCAGCCCCAGGAUCAGCGCUACUCCUCCGUCCAGUCUCCCUCCCUCUGUGGCACCAGUUCGCUCUGCUUCUCCCGUCACACUUUCCUCCAGACUGGCUGGUUUGGAUGUCGGUUCAGAGAGUGUGAGUGGCACCUUGAGCUCUCUGGCCAGUUGUCAACCCCAAGAUGACUUUGACAUGUUUGCCCAGACCAGGACUGGAACCAUUCCUGACCAGCGAAAGAAUGUGCCAUUUGAGGACACAAAGGCUUCGAGUGGAGUGGCCCCAACUUUGGAUGUCAUACAGCAGAACACUGGGGCAGCUGUUGACCAGUCCUCUGUCAUGGAUGACAUUGAGGAAUGGCUCAGUACUGACGUGAAAGGAGAUGAAGGAGAGGAGGGUGUGACAAGUGAAGAGUUUGACAAAUUUUUAGAGGAGAGGGCCAAAGCAGCAGAGAUGGUGCCCACGCUGCCGACGCCCCCUAGCGACGAUCUUUCUGCUACCGCAGGCGCCGCUGUGAACGCAAGUAAAAAGGCGGGACGCUCUGAAGACACCCUGUUUGCCGUGUAGAUAAGUGUCAGUUUUUCUGGGGUGGUCCAGCAUUCUGUGUGCGUGUGAUGGGUCAGUCACUUAGCAGAUCCAUCAGCCUCCCUCUUUCCCUUCUGCUACCUGCAUUUCUAGCACAAUCGACACUAUCACGGUGUUCACUGAACUGUUUCAUGAUAGUAUGCAUUUUCAUAUUGGACAUUUUCAUACUCCAUAAACUUCAUUCCAUUGAAAGUGCUGUAGAAGAAUAUCCCCUGUAUCUCCCUCCAAAAACAUGUUGUUCCAUGUGGGUUUGAGAGGUUGAUGUCUAUUUUUUUAAUGAAUAUUUGUGAUUUCGAACAAGAUUCAUGUUAAGUCUACUGCAAAAUCUGACCAUGUUUACCUUUGUGUUCACUGUGGUCCUGCAUGCAACAGCAGAAACAGCCUAUCCAUGUUUUCUCAAUCUUUUAAGGGAGCUUAAAAUAUUUAUUUUAGUUUACUUUCCAAAUUAGUUAUUUUAAAGGGAUAACUUUAACUUGGUGUUAUUUAUUGAGGGAAUUUCCAGAUUAUACCACUGACAAGUUUUAGGUUAGGGUUUCAAUAUGCACAUUCGGACAAAUUUUUACAAAAUUUUCACUCGGAGCUUAAAAUUACAUUCUUUUACACAUGGAUAGUGAUUUCUUAUAUCAAGCUCUGGACAGGACAAAACAGAGGCAUGGUUACAGUAUUCCACUUUUUUUUAACAAGCUAUUCACAUAUAACACCACAAGCUAUAACAUUGGUAUUUUAUUUGAAAGGCGAAUUUCAAAUUGAAAAAAAAUCACAAACUGAACAUUGUGCUGUGUAAUUGUUUUAGAGGGAAGUGACAUGUCCGUAUCACAUCUUUGAACUACUCCGGUCGUAUCAGAAGGGAAAUUUCUAUAAUUUCACUGGAUACUUUUAAAUGUUAUUAUUUUUUCUUGCAAAAUCGUUGUCUAUUUGAACGAAUUGAUAGGAACAAUAAUUAUGUAUUUGUAUUUUAAUUUGCACUGAAAGCAUUAUUUGCCUUUUGGCUGUUCAAAGGUUUAAAAAUGUAAAAUAUUGCUCUAUUCAAUGCUGCCUACUAUAAGACGGAAAACAAAUGAAGUUAGAGGAGUGAUGGUGACUGCAAGGCAGUUUAAAUUGGAUUUUACGUUGCACAACUGCAGCAGAAAUGGUGUUAAGUUUGCGUUCUUAUAAGGAAAGGAAAUGGAUCUGCCUUAAAGAACAGAAUGUAGGGAGUUUAACAGCUAAUGGUCAUUUAUGUUGGGUACUCAUGUUCGCACAUUUGAACUUUUGUUGGUGAGGUAAAUGUGCUAAUGAAAUAUCUUAUGUUUGAGUCUCUCGCUUGUGUGUAUACUGCUUUGACGGACCAAAUGUUUAACUUGAGCAAACAUUAGCAAAUAUUUUGAGCGUAGAGUCAACCUUAUUCAUAUAUGGCUUGUAGAUUCCAAAGAGGUUGUAGUUAUGUUCGUUAAAGAUUUUAUUUGUAUAAGUGGACGCAAAAUCGCAAAUCAAAGGGACAGUUCACUUUUUGUUUGCAUGGAUAAUAAUUUUAUAUGAUUUCACACUACACAUGAUGUAAUAUAAUAACCCCAGAUUUUUUAAGUAACUAAGCUGGGCCCUUUUGCUCUUGUAAUAUCAGUGAUGUUACUGUGGAGUUUAUUGAGGAUCGCCUUCUUUGGCAGAUUUUUGGAGAGUUCAAUGUGCUUGUAAACUUUACUGUUUGGCCAAACGCAGGUGUGCAGUUUGUUAAAGGAAAACAGCGUCAGGUUAUAAAGUACACUGCAAAAAAAUUAUAAAAAAAUGUUACAGACCGUAAAAUAACAGUUUUUCCCUGUAGGAUUACGUGGCUUUUUCUGUACUUUUGCGGUUUUGACCGUAUUUCCCAAAAAAACCCUGAAAUUAUCAGCCGGGGCAACAGAAAUAAAAAUAAAAUACAAAAAUAUUUCCCUGUAAACUUAUGUUUUCCAUGUUUUUCUUGUAAAUUUUCGGUCCUUUUCUGUAAUUUUAUGCUUAAAAAAUAGUAAAAUUCUAUAAUAUUUAAUUAUUUGUUUUAUUGACAUUAUAUGUGAAAAAUCUGUAGAAAAUAACAGAAAACUUCUAUAAAAUUAAGUUUUUUUUUGUUUGGGAAAAAUAUAAAAAUGGGAAGCAUUUUACGCAUUUAAUUAUCUGGAUAUGAGGUUGCUUAAUAAUGCAAGCAUUAAAAUACUGUGGCUGCUAUUUAUUUCUAAAUAUCCAGAGACUUGAGGGAUAUCGUUUGAUGUGUUUUGUCAAGAAAGAUGUAGAUCUUAACAUAAAUAUUCAUUAAUAUACACUAAAUUCUAUUUAAAACACGGAAAACUAUAUUUCCCAUGGAUGCUAACUAUCCCUUUGAUAUGCUGUUGUUGUUAUUCGUUUUUAACACUAUUGCUUUAGUGGCUCAUUGUGACAUUAAGGAAUUUGUAACUCUUGGAAAUGGUUAUUUAUCACGUUAUCAGCAACUACGUUUAUUGAAGGUUUUUCAGCAACAUGUGCAAUUGCAUCUAUAAAUACUGCACUACAGUUUGAUAUUAAGUAAGUUUGGCUGUAAAUCUAUCUCUGAAAUGUACAGUUUGAGAAUGUAAAACAAUUUAUUUUGAUGAAUCAGUAUUGAUUAAUGUAUAUUAGUAUGAAGGGACUGUAAAGAUCAGAAUCAUGUGCUUUGUUACCACAUUUUGCUUAUUUGACUGUGGUUUUCAAGCUGGAGGGGAAAUCAUUAUCUUACAAGGUAUCUUCUAAAUAUUAUUCCCAAUAUGUGAUUGUGAUAAUAUCAGAUUACUCAAAUGUUUUUUCUUUUUUUUUUCACUGUUGACCACAUUUCUUUAUGGCACCUUUCUUCUCUUUGAUGUUUUUGGAGUUGUGUGUGUCUAUGUUUGAACAGCUCCUAAUAUCCUGAUAUCCGUUGCACACCAUUUAUUCUGUAUUUAAGGAAGUGAGAGAAUCAAGCUUUCCCAAAUGCUGCAUUUCUAUUAAAGCUGACAAUGCAGUGUGUGCGCGUGUACGUGCGUGUGUGUUUGUGAGGGGCUGGCGCAAGUUCUCUCUUAACCAGCAAUCUUUGCUGUGAUCUGGGUUUGCAGAUUGUGCUGGUUGUUGGUCCGUGUGCUUACCUGUUGUUAUACCUCAAGUUGCGCUCUGUACUGUUUGAUUCAUGCAUGUGUUGAACUCCAAUAAAAUAUACCAAGAUGGUGA